ACGGCUAUCAGAUUGACAGGUUGCUCCGCUUUCAGCGCCAUCUUCCUCAACGAACCCCUGCACCCAUUGCUACGUGCGUAGCGGAUAAACUGUCUCUGAUUCUGAGGCCAAUCAGCAAAGUCCCACUCAAGGCACCCUGUGAUGCGCACCAGCUCUUGAAACCUCCUGCAGACAGCCUCCAGCCGCAGUCUGUCCUGAACCUGAUCUUGCAAGAGACACGGCUUUCACAACGCUCUCUCAAAGAUGCUCUCAAGCAACGCAUCACAAAGACGGUCGAAGCAAUUCUCCUUUGGGGCCAUUGGUCAGGCGUCUCAUGCUCUGCUGGGUGAAAUGAAUGCACCUGCAACCCACCUGCAAGUGCAUUGCUUUGAAGCUGACGAUGAAUGUCACUCUGGCUCCAGCCUUCAGACUUCUGGCCGCAACUUCCAGCCGCAACUUCAACUUCAAGCUGCUCGUCAAUCUGAAUGCAGCUUCAACUUUCAGUGACAUCAGCUAGCGCCAAAUUCUUUGCGGCUUGAGUGAUCCCCCAAGCACGCAUGCGAGCGCGUUUUGUGGCCCCCAGGACUGUGACUCGAGCAGGAAGGACAGGGAACUGGAACUUGAAGCCUUCGGGAUGAAAAAGGAGGGACGAAGGAGAAAGGCGCUGGCAAUCCGUGAUGAGCAGAGCGCUUCACAUUGGCAGGCCCUCUCUCUUGAAGAUAGGAUCUGCUGGCUUUAAAAGUGCUUCCGGAGAGGGGCCAGUAGCGCCUAGUUUGAGGGCUUUAUCAAGACGCUUUGUCUUGCAGCACAAAGAGAGCGAUGCUGCACAGCUCAGGCGUUUGGGGCGUUUGAACUGCGCACACUUCUCAAGACCACAUCAGACAACGGUUUCAAAGAGAUUGUUUCAGGAGGGGCGUCUGCCUGAAGAUAAAAGCACCCCUGUCGGGUACAGUCCCUUUGAGUCCCAGCACAGAACUAUGUCGUGGCUCAGCCGCGGAACGUCGAACACUGACCUCAUCCGUCAGAUGCAGGCAUUUGGCGCAAUAAAGUCUGAGAGGGUGGCGAACGUCAUGCGGGAAGUGGACCGGGGCCUCUUUGUACCACCGUCUGAAGAUGCGUACCAGGAUGCUCCGCAACCGAUUGGGUUCAAUGCGACAAUCUCAGCGCCGCACAUGCACGCGCACUGCCUGGAGCUUUUGGAGAACCACCUGAAGCCCGGGGCGAGGGCGCUCGACGUCGGGAGCGGCACAGGGUACUUGACCGCGUGCAUGGGGCUGAUGGUCAAGGACGAGGGGGGCAAGGUGGUUGGGGUGGAGCACAUCAAAGAGCUGACGGAGAAGUCCAAGCAGAACGUGCACAACUCGGCCGCGGGGCCCCUGCUAGAGCAAGGGGUGAUCGAGCUACACACGGGGGACGGCCGCAAGGGCUGGCCGCCGCACGCGUUGUAUGACGCCAUCCAUGUGGGGGCGGCGGCGGAAGACACCCCCAAAGAGCUGCUGAACCAGCUGAAGCCGGGGGGCCGCCUGGUGUGCCCGGUGGGCAACGUCUUGGAGCAGUACCUCAUGGUGUACGACAAGGCGGACGACGGGUCCGUCCGGGAGCACACGUCCAGCGGCGUGCGCUAUGUGCCGCUGACCAACGAGCAGGACCAGCGGAGGCCCCGCGGGAUCUUCCGCUGAGGGUGCUACUUGUAAAUCGGAUAGACUGGGUUAGAAAAGGGUUACGGAAAGUGUAGAAACGGUUGAGGUAUGAUAGAUUGUACAUUAGUGAGAGGAGAGGAAGCGAGUGCGCUCUCUGCAGCUCCGCUUUUUGGUACAAGGGUCUUGCGAAGAAUAUGCAGAGUCGUUUGACAGGAGUGUGCAUAAUAGGAGCUGGCCAGCUCCCCCUCGUGUCAAUGAUCAAGGGGUUACGGGUCUGGCAAGCUUUACUUAAUGCUUGUUUUAGUCAAAAGAGAAGAAUUUGUAAAUAUGUACAUUGUGGCCUUACAUGCGAAGCAAUCAAGUUAGCACGACCUUCGUCUCCU